CAAGGGGAAAAAAGCCUGAGAGUGGAUAUUGGCAGGGCAGCCGAGCUGGUUGAAAGUCGGUGUUUAACACCCAACUUCUCAGAAGAUUUUCCUCGGCUGAGUGGGCUUGGGGGAGCCCUGGCCUGAGAGUGUGGCUUAGCAAUGAGAUUUUGAGACACCAGUCUCGGAGAGUCCAGCACCGGAUCCCCUGCCUCCCGUCACCAGCCCUCAGCUGCCAUCCUGAGCCUCCUAUUAGACAAUCGAGUGUGCUGGAGGGAGGGACCAGUGAGGGGGCGAAGUUUAAUCAUUGAACUCAGCAGCCUGGAAGUAUUUAACCUCUAGCACUGAGUUCCCCAGAGGCCUCCAGCCUGAACUGCAAGUGGGCAGUACUCCAGAGGCGGGAAUCCACACUGCACAGAUCUCUCUCUGACUGACUGAGGAGAACCCAAACUUGGGGAAAAUGUUUGCAGUGCACUUGAUGGCAUUUUACUUCACGAAGCUGAAGGAGGAUCAGAUCAAAAAGGUGGACAGGUUCCUGUACCACAUGCGGCUCUCCGAUGAGACCCUUUUGGACAUCAUGACUCGGUUCCAGGCUGAAAUGCAGAGGGGCCUGGGGAAGGACAGCAACCCCACGGCCUCAGUGAAGAUGCUGCCCACCUUCGUCAGGGCCAUUCCAGACGGCUCCGAAAAUGGGGAGUUUCUUUCCCUGGAUCUUGGAGGAUCUAAGUUUCGAGUCUCAAAGGUACAAGUCUCUGAAGAUGGGAAACAAAACGUCCAGUUGGAGAGUCAGUUCUACCCAAUGCCCAACGAAAUCACCCGAGGGAACGGCUCAGAGCUGUUUGAAUAUGUAGCUGACUGUCUGGCAGAUUUCAUGAAGACCAAAGGGCUGAAGCAUAAGAAAUUGCCCCUCGGCCUAACCUUUUCUUUUCCCUGCAGACAGACCAAACUGGAAGAGGGUGUCCUGCUUUCCUGGACCAAGAAGUUCAAGGCCCGGGGAGUUCAGGGCACAGAUGUAGUGGGCUGUCUAAACAAAGCCUUGAAAAGUCACCAGGACCUCGAUGUGGAUAUCCUGGCCUUGGUCAACGACACCGUGGGAACCAUGAUGACGUGUGCCUAUGAUGAUCCCUUCUGUGAAGUUGGUGUCAUCAUUGGCACUGGCACCAACGCGUGUUACAUGGAGGACAUGAGCCACAUUGACCUGGUGGAGGGCGACGAGGGGAGGAUGUGCAUCAACACCGAGUGGGGGGCCUUCGGGGACGACGGGGCCCUGGAAGACAUCCGCACUGAGUUUGACCGCGAUCUCGACCUCGGCUCUCUCAACCCAGGGAAGCAACUGUUUGAGAAGAUGAUCAGCGGCCUGUACCUAGGCGAACUCGUCAGGCUCAUCUUGCUGAAGAUGACCAAGGCGGGCCUCCUGUUCGGUGGCAAGAAAUCCUCCAGCCUGCACACCAAGGGUGCGAUUGAGACCCGGCAUGUGGCAGCCAUGGAGAAGUACAAAGAAGGCCUUGCCAACACAAGGGAGAUCCUCACGGAUCUGGGCCUGGAGCCCUCAGAGGCGGACUGCGUUGCGGUCCAGCACGUCUGCACCAUCGUCUCCUUCCGCUCAGCCAAUCUCUGCGCCGCGGCCCUUGCAGCCAUCCUGACACGCCUCCGGGAGAAUAAGAAGCUGGUGCGGCUCCGGACCACGGUGGGCGUGGAUGGCACACUCUACAAGAUACACCCUCAAUACCCCAAACGCCUGCACAAGGUGGUGAGGAAACUGGUCCCGAACUGUGAUGUCCGCUUCCUCCUGUCAGAGAGUGGCAGCAGUAAGGGGGCAGCCAUGGUGACAGCGGUGGCCUCCCGGGUGCAGGCCCAGCGGAAGCAGAUUGACAAGGUGCUGGCCUUGUUCCAGCUGACCCGAGAGCAACUUGUGGGUGUGCAGGACAAGAUGCGGGCUGAGCUCGAGUACGGGCUGAAGAGGGACACCCACCUGCUGGCCACGGUCAAGAUGCUGCCCACCUACGUCUACGGGGUGCCAGAUGGCACAGAGAAAGGAAAGUUCCUCGCCCUGGAUCUGGGGGGCACGAACUUCCGGGUCCUGCUGGUGAAGAUCCGCAGUGGACGGAGGUCCGUGCGCAUGUACCACAAGAUCUUCGCCAUCCCUCUGGAGAUCAUGCAGGGCACCGGCGAGGAGCUGUUUGACCACAUCGUGCAGUGCAUCGCCGACUUCCUGGACUACAUGGGCCUCAAGGGAGCCCAGCUGCCUCUGGGCUUCACGUUCUCCUUUCCCUGCGGGCAGACGCGUAUCGACAAGGCAACGCUUAUUGAGUGGACCAAGGGCUUUAAGGCUACUGACUGUGAGGGAGAAGACAUGGUGGACAUGCUCAGAGAAGCCAUCAAGAGGAGAAAUGAGUUUGACCUGGACAUAGUUGCAGUUGUGAAUGACACAGUGGGGACCAUGAUGACCUGUGGCUAUGAAGAUCCUAAUUGUGAGAUUGGCCUGAUUGCAGGAACGGGCAGCAAUGUGUGCUACAUGGAGGAGAUGAGGAACAUAGAGAUGGUGGAAGGGGACCAAGGGAAGAUGUGCAUUAACACAGAGUGGGGAGGAUUUGGAGAUAAUGGCUGCAUAGAUGACAUCCGGACCCAAUAUGACAAGGAGGUGGACGAGGGGUCCUUGAAUCCUGGCAAACAGAGAUAUGAGAAAAUGACCAGUGGGAUGUACCUGGGGGAGAUUGUGCGGCAGAUCCUGAUUGACCUGACGAAGCAGGGUCUCCUCUUCCGUGGGCAGAUUUCAGAGCGUCUCCGGACCAGGGGCAUCUUUGAAACCAAGUUCCUGUCGCAGAUUGAAAGCGACCGGCUGGCCCUGCUCCAGGUGAGGAGGAUCCUGCAGCAGCUCGGCUUGGACAGCACGUGUGAGGACAGCAUCGUGGUGAAGGAGGUGUGUGGAGCUGUGUCCCGUCGGGCUGCCCAGCUCUGUGGCGCGGGCUUGGCCGCCAUCGUGGAGAAAAGGAGGAAAGACCAGGGGCUCGAGCACCUGAAGAUCACUGUGGGCGUGGACGGCACCCUAUACAAACUGCACCCUCACUUUUCUACAGUCCUGCAGGAAACCGUGAAAGACCUGGCCCCCCAGUGCGACGUGACAUUCAUGCUCUCGGAAGAUGGCAGUGGGAAGGGAGCAGCUCUGAUCACCGCCGUGGCCAAGAGGUUUCAGUAGGCCCAGGACAACUAGGAAGCCCUCCUGGCCGGCCCGAGGCACCUCGGGCUCUGACCAACCUUUCCUCCGGCAGAUGAGUGGGUCUGGGACCAACAGGCAGGCUUCUGGCCGACUUCACCUUCUGGGUGGCCGCAAGAGAACCCCAAGUUCUUGAGUACUCUUAGCUUUUUGUUUCUCGUUUUCAAGGGCAGUACAUGAUAUCUCUAUUUGGUAUAUUUGGGCUCAGGAUGAGCCGACUUGUAAAAUCAAAGCAUGUGGCUCGAGACAUCCCCUUUCAGCAGAUUCUCGGUUGAGAGCUGAGCUGUCAGUUCUCUAGGGCUUUGGGUCUUGUGGCCGCUGCACUUGGCAACGUAUGUGCGAUCUGUGCCUGUGGCCCGUCUGGCUGAGCUCCCGUGGUUGUGCUUCAGCCUUUGCUGUAGUGGACUGGGCCCUCUGCUUGUGGAUGCACACUCGAGAGGGCUGGGGGCUCUGGCGUAAGCUGGAGAUCUAAUCUAACUUGUUCUUGACUUGUCACGUUGACUCCAAAGACUGGAAUAUUCAGGAUGCGGAGGGCGGGACUGCCAGGGAGCCUGCGGGAAGCUGGCCUUGCUCACAGGGAGCAGUGUGGGCACCCUGCGGGACUUUUCUCAAUAUGUGUGUGUUAUUGGGAGGGGUGUCUUUUGGGGCACCUGUUUGUCAUUUUACAGGUGGUUUGUGCUGCUGUUGUUGAUACUAGUUUUGAGAAUUGUUGGGUAUAGGAAAUCCAGUAAAUGAAUAAAACGUAUUAUACUUCCUAAGAAUCUUUGCAUGAGAUAUGACUGUUUCACCUGGGAGGCUGGCUUGGUAACUUCAUGCUCUGCUAGUGGAAUAAGGGGCACAGAGUUGCUGAAGGCACCUCUCCAGUCCAGCCUUCUCACCAACGGCGGAAUAUGUGGAGUAUCUUCUACAAUACCUCUAACAGAUUAUUCAAAUUUCAUUUGAGUGCAUACUUCCAGCGACUCGAUCGCGUGAUCCCACAGUCUAAAGGAGUGAGAGAGGGGCCCCCUGGAACUGGGGACAGGCGGGGGGUGAGGUUCACUGGGGAAUGUUUUUUUUUCACACAUUCAGUAAACAGAUACUGCUGCGUGCAGGUGCUGGAUUAAUCAAAAUGAACUUUAUUGUAUUUUAGGCUCAUAUCUCCCUGGAGAGAGUUUGUAAGGAUUUAUUAAAUUUAUCUUUUUGUAUUUUAAGGUUAUGUCUCUCUGGGGAAAUGUUUCAUGGUCAGAUUUUUGUCUUAGCAAACCCCAAACCUUGUCGCCCUUGUCAUCUUUCUGUAGUUCUCCCAUUCCUUGGUAAGACACCUCCAGCUCCCAGCUCUCCUUUCCCCUGGUUCUGCUGGGGGUCUCUCCCUUUGCCUUCUGCUUAACAGGUGAUCUGGCCCAGGUUCAGGCAGCCACACCGCCACGUUCUCCCACAACCUGGUCUCUCGGCACAUGUUUGGUGAGAUGGCCAGCUGUGGUCUCUGACCUGAGGUAUCCAGGCAACUUUGCACAUUCUGACUGAUUGAUGGCAUCACAGAAUCUUUGAUCUGGAACAGAACGCAGAGAGGGCAGACAGCGGCUUGCCGUCCUUGGACAGGUCCACCCCCGAAACACCUGGGGCGAUGGAGGGCUAACUUCUCAGAGUUUCCUAGGCAAGACCAGCCACCACACCACACAACAAGGUAAAUGAUCCUCCCGGGAGCCCCACAGACUUUUCCUCUUGGGAAGAGCAUCUUCAUCUACAUUUUCUGGUCCUGUGGUUACUUUCUUCCUGUAACUUUGGCUAGAAAGAAGAGAUGAACAUAAAUUUAAGAACUACAUUUUCUCCAUGACUCUGCCUCUGCAAAACGAGACCUCAUUCCCAGUGGUCUCUCUUUAGUUGGCUAAUGAAUGGCAGUUGGGGAAAGUGAAUUUCUCACACCCACUUCCCUCCAUCCCCACUGUCUUGGCAGUCCCUCUCUUGCUGUUUUACAAUUGAAACUACUGGUAAAGCAUAUUUUAUUAGAAGAAGGUGGGGACUUGGGAGAAGUUGAAUAAUAAAAGAGGGAUCUGAUAGCUCAUAUUUGGGGUGAACUAGGAGGGAUAAUUAGGGUAGAAGAGAUUAAUUCAUUUUUGGUCCAGCUAGGGACAGAAUGAAGCUGGGAAGAAAGUGGAAAAUACUUUAAAAAUUAUAUAUAUUUUACAUAUGAGAAAGAAAGAGAGAUAAAAAUAAAGGUACAUCAUUGGGAAUAGUUUGGGGGGACUGGUCUAGAGAGCAGAGACGCACCACCAGCACAAGAGGCAAUUCCAAGGGGUGUCACUCACACCACAGUCUCUACGUGGCCCGGUUUUCAUCGACUCACCUCUUCGGUAGUUAGCACAGUCUAGCGCAGCCCUUCCCAAAGCAUGUUCUAGGAUCAACGAGAUAUUCCCAAGAAGCCAUUCUCUGGAGUAACCUUUUCCUUUAAUUCUCAGACAAAAUGGCUCAUUUCCCCACCCCACAUUCUGCAGAAAGGCCUCGGAUUCCAACAGUUCCUGAAGGGAAUGCUUAUACUGUCCGGUGCCGUCUCCAAUCCUGGCUCCAGCUCGCUUCUCGUCUCAGCUGCCCUCACAAGUCCUGUGGCUGCUGCCUCUCUCUCUGUUUUGGCUGAUACAUGGAACUGUCCCUUUCUCUUUGAUUCUCCAAAACACCAUGAAUUCACCGCCAGUGUCUUAGAACAGACUUGACCAAAGGUUUGGGGGUGAUGGAAGGGACUACUUCACAGAAUAGGCAGCACUGUAAACAUGAGCAUUGGGUAACGAAGUUCUAUGGCCAUCCCCACCCCAGAGAGUUUUCCGCUGCCCAUCUUUCUCCAUGAACUCUGCUGGCUCCCGUGUUGUACAGAUUCUUCC